GAAGCACUGAGAUAGGGCCCUCUUCCCUCACAGCCUGCUGCGCCCUCUCCCACCCCAGGGAGGGAGGAUGGAAUGGAUGGCGUGGGUCCCAUGACCUUUCCCCCAUUCAGCAAGUGGAUGUGCAGAUCCUCCUCAAGGACAGGCCGGAGCAGAGAUGACCACGAGUCUCGAUCAGUAAGGAAGUGCCGGUGCAGACUAUGUGGUCUCGACCAUCAGAAAGGAGUGCCAGGCUGAGGGCAUCUAAGCUAGGAACGCUUCAAGAGGAAAGAUGGGUGAAUGCUAUCUCCAAAUCUGUCCCUGAGAUGACACCAACAGAGGACAACCAUGACAAAGAGAAGGAGGAGGAAGAAACGGGGAACAAGACCCUCCUUGCAGAGCCCAGGCAGGAGUCCGUGUGGGGGCUGGUGGCCUGGCCCAAGCCUUCCCAGGAGCAGGCCCCAUGGUGGGAAGAGGAGUAUUUCUCCCUGCCCCCCCUCACUGGGCCCUGCCUCUGUGAGUGCAGCCUGAGGACCAAGGUGAUGCUGCACCCCCAGCCCACCCCGGCCUCCUGCUUCAUCCCGCCAACCUUCCCAGCCUUGGCAUCCAAGAAGGAGCCCACCUCUGUGGAGGACCAGCCUCAGAGGGAGCCUCGUUCAGCUUGCCACACGAAGGCCCCCAAAGCAGGGCCGAAGCUUCCUCCCAAGGCCAAAUUCCAGUCCUGCCCUAAGGCAGGCAAGGCUUCCCAGGCCCUGCGGCCGCUGGCCCCCAUGGCAAUUUGGCCUCAGGUUCUCAUCAAAAACCCUGCCAAGAGCUCACCUCUCAAAGGUCGGCACGCACCCGCAGCCAAGGAGGCCGCCAGCUCUCUGGGCACAAGCGACAACCCCUUACCGCACCUCUCUUCAAAAUAAAUAUUUUCUU